GCUGACCUUGAACUCAGAGAUCUUCCUGCCUCUGCCUCCUUACAAGAGGAAAUAGUAUCCUAAUGCUUUCUAUAAGUUAAUAUUUUUUUGAUAAGUAGCUAAGAAUUUAUUCUUUGUUGUAGAGAUUGAAUGGCCAAAACAGAGAAGUAAUUCCUUGAAGUAAGGAAUAAUUUUCUCUUUGGUACCCGACCCAUUUGUGAUCAAACAACUUUAAAAAAAUGUGAAUUUUUAUUUAGUUUGGACAGGUGACUAUUACCACUCUGUUCUUUAUUUGCUUUUUUUUUUUUGUUUUGUUUUAAUGAUUUAUAAAAAGGAAUCUGUAGGGUUUGUUUGUUUGGUUGGUUUUUCUGAGACCCGGGUUUCUCUCUAUAACCCUGGCUGUCCUGGAACUCACUCUGUAGACCAGGCUGGCCUUGAACUCAGAAAUCCUCCUGCCUCUGCCUCCUGAGUGCUGGGAUUAAAGGCGUGUGCCACCACUGCCUGGCUGGAAUCUGUAGAAUUUGCAUACUUUGUAACAAUGAUGCUAGUAAAAGGGCUUAAAAAUCAUAGUGUUAUGAAACAUAACACAUGUUAUUAGUAAAUAAAUUAUGCAUUUAUAUUUUUAAUUUUUUUUCAAGAUAGAGUUUCAUGUAGCCCAGGCUGGCCUCAGACUCUGUAACUGAGGACGACUUUUAGCAUCCCAAGUGCUGGGAUUAUAGGCCUGAGCCACAAUUUUGUUUUCUAUUUUAUGUUUUCUUUUUUUUUUUUUUUUUUUUAAAGAUUUAUUUAUUAUUAUAUGUAAGUACACUAUAGCUGUCUUCAGACACACCAGAAGAGGGAGUCAGAUCUUGUUACGGAUGGUUAUGAGCCACCAUGUGGUUGCUGGGAUUUGAACUCUGGACCUUCGGAAGAGCAAUCGGGUGCUCUUACCCACUGAGCCAUCUCACCAGCCCCCUAUUUUAUGUUUUCUAAAGAGUAAUUUCUGGUGACUUAUAAUUUAAGAUAUGAUGUCUAAUCAUUACUUAGGAGGCUGAGAGUUAGAGAGUUCAAGGCCCCCUGGGCUAUGUAAUGAAUCCCAGGUUAGCCUGAGCUGCAACUGAGAGAUCCUGUCUCAAGAAAAAGAAACAAAACAAGCGGAAAACCGGAGCCCUAGAAAAGACUGUUUAGCACAUACUGUUGAAAUAAGAAUAUCUUAUCCACUGUGACUGGAAGUAAAUUAUAUCUAAGUUAGCUGAUAGUCUCCAUAAAAAGAAAGACAAUUUUUUUAACUUAAAAAAAAAAAAAAAGCUACAGGGGAGGGCGGAUAGGAUAGGUAGGGGAUUUCCGAAGGGGAGAUCUAGAAAGGGGAAAACAAUUUAAAUGGAAAUAAAGAAAAUAUCCAGUUUAAAAAAAAAUACCAGAAAAGAAAAGAAAAAAGCUACAAUAAAUAUAUUGACACCUUUCUUUGUAAUUGCAUUUUUAUAUUGAGUUACUUUUUUCUUUAAAAAUUGAAUAUGGUAGUUUUCCUUAUUAAAUUUUUAUGAAGAAAUAGCAGGGAUCUGGGAUCUCAUUUACAACCUGCUGCAAGAGCUGCUGGAAAAUAGAAUGAAAUCCUGCAAGAAACUGGUGCUGCUGCUGCUGCUGCUGCUACUGUUCCUCCUCCUCCUCUUCUUCCUCCCCCUCCCCUCUUCUUUUCGGUGCAGGGGAUUGAACCCGCAUCUCAAGCCUCAUCCUGGCUAACUAUGCACUCUACCCUCCACCCGUUGAUUCUCACUCUCAGCCCUGAGAUGUGUCUUUACAAGUAGAGUGUAACAUUGUUAUUUCAAGAAAGGAUCUUUUGUGGGGGUACAGUGAAUGAUUCAUGGAAUUUUUUUUUUUUUUUUUUUUGGUGUUGCUUUAGAGAUACCAGCAUGUUAGAGACUGAGACUAGUAACUAUGUAUGAUUGUUUUAUACUGAUGUAUUUUAACUAUUGAAUACAAUUGAAGGCAGUCAACAAAGGAGAUUUGGUAGGAUUUCUGAUAACUCACUUCUAAUACCAGACUUGAUAGUGGCUUAAAAUGAGUCACUUAAGCCAGCAAUUGUCAUCCCAUUGUUUUAGAGUCUCAGAUCUCUGUGGGGAUGGGAUAGACAAUGCCUUUCACAUACUUGGGUAUCUGUUUUUGGGUCUGUGUAUACUGUAGGACUGAUUAAAUGCAAUUUAAAUCAUUACUGUAGUCAUAGGAACUUCCUCCUCAAUAUCUUCCUUCAUUAGCUUUUACCUGACAAACAAGUACAUGACAGAAUGUCUGUUUAUACUGGUCUAAAGACAGUUCUAGUACAGCUUGGCUUCUGAUUCAGAGGGAGACAUUGUCUCAAGAGGACCCCCCCACCCCCAACACACACACACACACACACACACACACACACACACACACAGGGAGAGAUGUGGGUUGGGUUUUUAAAUUGUGUUUAUGUUAGCCAGGCAGUGGUGGCGCACGCCUUUAAUUCCAGCACUUGGGAGACAGAGGCAGGCGGAUUCUGAGUUCGAGGCCAGCCUGGUCUACAGAGUGAGUUCCAAGACUGCCAGAGCUACACAGAAAAACCCUGAAAACCCUGUCUGGAAAAACAAAACAAAAAUAGUGUUUACUGUGUUCUGCCUCCAUGGUAUCUAUGUGAGGGUAUCAGAUACCCUGGAACUAGAAUUACAGACAGUUGUGAAUUGGGGUGCUGAGACUUGAACCCUGGUCCUUUAACGAUCAGCCAGUGCUCUUAGCUGCUGAGCCAUCUCUCCAAUCCCAUAAGAUCUACAUAUAUGUGGCCUAGAACACACAGAGAUCCACCUGCUUCUCCCUCCCAAGUGCUGGGAUUAAAGGCAUGCACCCGACCUGUGUGUAUAUUUUUUAAACAGCUUUUUAACAAAAGCAUCUUUUUGUUUUGUUUAAUUUAUAUUUGCUUUUAAAAUUCUUUUAUUUUUGUAUGUGUAUGUGAGUGUGGGCACUUUAGAACCGUGGAAUGUGGAGGUCAGAGGAGAACAUUUGGGAGUUGGUCCUCAUCUUCCAACUUGUUGAGACAAAUUUGUCAUGUUGAUUGUUGCUGUUCUCUAGGCUAUCUGGCUACCAGCUUGCUUCUGCUUUUUCUAUCUCGGUCUCCUAUCUGGCCCUGUUGCAGUGCUGAGAUUACAGAUGUACAUCUGGCUUUUCUCCUGGGUUCUGGGAAUUGAACUUAGAUCAUCAGACUAUGCAAAUGCCAUUUACCUGCUGAGCCACUUUUCUGACCUCUUUUGAGACAUGGUCUCUCCAUGUAGUUAAGAGUACACUUUAGUUUGUUAUCCUUCCACCUUCAUUUCUUCUUCCCGUUAUAGGUAUGUACCGCCAUGCUGGACUCCCAACUUCCUUUUGAUUUAUAUUUAUUUUCUUUCUGUUUUUGAAACACACUUUAGCCUAGGCUGGAUUCUCAUGUAACCUUGGCUGGCUUUGCAUCCGAUAUGUAGUUGAGGGUAAAUGACUUUGAUCCUUUUGGUUUUUUUUUUUUUUUGGUUUUUUGAGACAGGGUUUUCUGUAUAUAGCCCUGGCUGUCUUGGAACUCACUCUGUAGACCAGGCUGGCCUCAGAAAUCCAUCUGUCUCUGCCUCCCAAGUGCUGGAUUAAAGGCGUGCGCCACCAUGCCCAGCUUUUUCUUUCUUUUUUUUUUAAGUUUUAUUUAUUAGUGUAUGUAAGUAUACUAUAGCUGUCUUCAGACACACCAGAAGAGGGUGUCAGAUCUCUUUACGGGUGGUUGUGAGCCACCAUGUGGUUGCUGGGAUUUGAACUCAGGACCUCGGGAAUAGCAGUCAGUGCUCUUAACCUCUGAGCCAUCUCACCAGCCCCUGGUUUUUUUUUUUUUUAAAACAUUUUUUUAAAAAGAAUUAUUUACUUAUAUAAGUACAUCAUAGCUGUCUUCAAAUAUUCCAGAAGAGGGUGUCAGAUCUCAUUAAGGAUGGUUGUGAGCCACCAUGUGGUUGCUGGGAUUUGAACUCAGGACCUUCAGAAGAGUAGUCGGUGCUUUUAACCACUGAGCCAUCUCUUUAGCCUGUGUUUGAGUUUUUUUUUUUUUAAUUUUAAUUUUUCUCCUUUUCUCAGUAACUUAUUUAUGUCUUUAUAGUUAGAGUGAUUUCCUAUAGAUUGCAUAUUGGGAUUUGCUUUGUAGCCAGUCUAACAUUAUUAAUGGUAUCUUUUUUUUUUAAGAUUUUUAAAAUUUCUUUUAAAAUUUUAUUUAUCUAUCUAUCUAUCUAUCUAUCUAUCUAUCUAUCUAUCUAUUUAUUUAUUUAUUUAUGUGAGUCCCUGCUCGCUCCAGUUGGCCCCGCUGCUUGUUCUGGUCAAUUCUGCUCACUCAGUCUCUUCUUGCUCCUGCCCAAAUGUUUAUUUAUUAUACAUAAGUACAUGGUAGCUGUCUUCAGAUGCACUAGAAGAGGCUGUCAGAUCUCACUUUGGGUGGUUGUGAGCCACCAUGUGGUUGCUGGAAUUUGAACUCAGGACCUUCGGAAGAGCAGUCAGUGAUCUUACUCGCUGAACCAUCUCGUCAGCCCCGUAUUAAUAGUAUCUUUAGCUGAAUUAAAAUCUACUAUUUCAUAUAGACUUGAUAUACACCUGUAGUCUUAGCACUCAGGAAUCCUAUAGAGGCAAGGGUGAGGUCAACCUUGUGUAUAGACAGGUGUCAUUACACCAGCUCUCUACUGUUGGCGUAUUAGUUAUACCUCUUCUUUAAUAUUUUUUAAUUGUUGCCCUAAUUUUACAGUGUAAAUCUUUUACUGGCCUCCAGGGAAUACAGCCAUAAUUAUACAGUUGGCAAGUUCUCUACCACUGAGCUGUACUUUAUUUAUAAAGUGUCAUGAGUCUUUAAUCACAGUCUACCCUUAAAUUAUAUAUCCCUUCACUAUAAUGUAAGAACCUUAUAACAGUAUUUUCCCAAUUUUUUCCCUUCUAUUUUUUUAUGAUAGUAUUGCUAAAAAAUUUUUUCUUUAUACUACAAAUCUACAGUGCAUUUUUGCAGUUUUUUCUUCAGACUUCAUUUAUAUUCUAAAUAAGUUUAAAAUAGUUUUUUUUCCCCCACUUAAGACCAUUUGAUAGUGGUUGUUUUAUUUUGCUUAUUGAGACUACAGGCCACUGAUUGCAUCUGGCUCUCCAUUAUAUUUAUUUUAAACAGUCUGCUUGAUGUUUCUAAUAUCUGAGUCCUCUAAGUCUGGAGACGUUGAUUACUUGCCUCUAGAGAGUGGGUGGUGGUGGUGGUUGUUGUUCUUCUUCUUCGUUGUCGUCUUCUUCUUUUCCUUCUCCUUCUUCAACUUAUAAUUUGUUAGUUAGUGAUUGCCAUAGUUUGUAGGACAGAAGAAAAUUGAGGUAUAUAAUUUUUACUCUGAGAAAUGGGUAUGACCCUUUUGUGAGGUUGUUGGUAGAAGAGUGUGAGCUGAUUAUAUAGAAUUGUGUUGGGGUUUUGUUGUUGCCUUCAGUUCUCCUGGUUUUUCCUGUGCUUGUGCUUGGUUUGCUUUGCUAUGGGGAAGACUUUUUCUCAAAGUUUAUGCUCUGCUCUCAGCUUCAGCCCUUCCCAGUGUAUAGUCUGCUAUACGCAAACUUCUAGCGGGGAGCAGGGAGGGUCUCUUUGUUUUGGAUCAGCCUCAGUUUCCUUGUGUCUGUGGAAUGGAUCUUUCUGGGUUAUUCUGCCUGGCACAGAGGUUAUGCUUCUCAGUGGUUUUGACUAGAAUUUCAUGUCCCCUCCUCAGGCACAAUUUUUUGUUGUUGUUACUGUUCUUCCUUUUGGUUUUUGAGAUGGUGUACAAAUUAUAAGACAUUGUCUUAUUCUGAGGACAUGAUCCACACCCAUACUGAUUUUGCUUAUUGUUGAGUCUGUACAGACAACCCUAGAGAGUGAGGUGCUUCUCAGGUUUUCUAAAGGAAUGUGAGGUGGGGGUUAGAUUUAGAAGAAAGGUAAGGAAUUUUGUGGCCAAGCAAGCCUGGAAUUUAGCAAUAUGUCCUCAGGAGUUUACUGUAGUUAUUACACAAUUUUGCUCUUGGGUUAAUAAAGAUAGGGGUUUUAAUUACUUUGACCAAGGACAGGUUCAUCCUGAUAAUUGUGUUUGGUAUUUGAAUGUAGAAAAGGACUUUCUCCUUGGCUGAAGGAGAGAGGAGUCCUUCAUAAACUGCCUGUCCCUCAUUCAGGUGCUGAUUCUGAGAUUCUAGGCAAGAGGUCUUCUAGGGCUGUGACUGAGCGCAGCACACCCUUGCAGAACAAGCCACUGAGGGCCUUGUCAGAUGCACCAGUGCCAUGUUGUUCAUUUACAAGAAGAAUACCCAAUAACAGUCUCAACUAAGUUUUGAUGGAUUGGAGUGAUCUCUAGGGCCAGGGUUUUCUGCCUGCCUGUGUAUUGAGUUAGGUAGAAAAGGUACCCUGCAGGUCUCUGUGUACUUCACUCUUAUAUGAGUGUCCACUCCUCGCUAGUUACUGGAUUUGUUCCCAUGGAAACCUGGACUCACUUGACAGACAUGUGAAACAAAUAUGCUUCCACAUGCCUGCAUAGGGAAACCUGCAUAGCUUAGUGCCAAGAAUGAGCAGUGCUUUCUAGACUUUAAUAAGUCUAGUCUUAUUAAAGUAGAGGUAGGUGGGGUUUUCUGUAUUUCAAGAAAUUUCUCAUGUCCCAGACAAGCUUUUUAAUUUGAGCCCAGGUCCAGACUCUUGGAAGGGGAUUGGGACAAUUAAGACAAAGGUUUUGUGUGGGGUAAGAUAUGAUUUUCCCCUAAGAGCUUUUCACUCCCCUGAGAACUGACCUUGGUUCCUUUGCUCUGCGGCAUCUGAUAUAGACAUUUUCUUUUAUCUUUGCACUUCUGUCCUCCAGUCACACCCCACCCCCGGUUUUUCAAAAAAUGACAGGGUCUUACAAUGUAGUUCACACUGAUUGAACCUGAGAUCUUGCUUCAGCCUCUGAGUGCUGGAAUUACGGGUGUGUGCCAGCCUGCAUGGCUUUACAUCUUUGAUGACUAGAGUAGAUUACAUUCUUACCUCUAGAAGUUAUCCCUGUGACCUUGAAGGACUGACUCCUAGGUGGUAAUUUAUAACCCACCACAUUCCUCUUCCUAAAGGUUAGGUAGGUUCAGUGAGUCUGAUUUAUGAGCAGCACAGGAAUUGAGGAAGGGAGAAGGGUAGUCUGGGUGGAGUCAGGAGAUUUGCUUAUCUUUUGACAGAGCCUUCUUAGAUAAGGUAAUGUAGAAUCCACUUUCUUUUGGUUUGGUCCACUCUGACCCAAAGAGAGUGAGUAUGUUUGUGUGCACACACAUACCAUCUUCUCAAGAUGUUUUCCAAUGCUGGCUCUGUAACUAAGAGGACGCUAUGGCUUUUGUUAGGUGACAAGACUGGGGAUUUGGGAGAAUUGCUUUGUAGCCUCAGGUUGUAGUGAGGAGUAUGCAGAAGAGAAAAGCACAUAAAGCCAGUGGCCGGUCAGCCCCAAGUUAGGGUGCUCCUGCCUGUCCCCUUUCCCUUCUUUCUUAUAACCUUGUAAGCUCUUUUGAAUACUUGAGAAAAGAAAGUUAUUGAAUCAGCAAGCAGUAAUAUAUGGGAUAAGGUGGGUGUUGUAUAUGUGGGUAUGUUUUCAUGAAGAUCUCUGCAACAAUGUCAUACUUUUUUCUUUUUCUUUUCUCUCUCUCUCUCUCUCUCUCUCUCUCUCUCUCUGAGACAGGGUUUCUCUGCAUUGUCUUGGCUGUCCAGGAACUCUCUUCUCUCUGUAGAUGAGGCUGGCUUUAAACUCAGAGAUCUGCCUUCCUCUGCCUCCCUGAUGCUGGAAUUAAAGGCCAUACUAAGCACAGGUGUACAGGAACCAUUUACCAUGGAAGCACAGGAGCUUGGGAGCCCCACACCCACCUACCAUCUUCUCCCCAAAGCCAACCAGCACACUGUAAAAGAAGAUGCCGGCUCACCAUCUCAAGGGUCUCCAGAAACGAUGCAGCUGAAGAAGGAGAUCUCCUUGCUGAACGGGGUCAGCCUGGUGGUGGGCAACAUGAUUGGCUCAGGGAUCUUUGUCUCACCGAAGGGUGUCCUCAAGUACACUGCUUCCUAUGGGUUGUCACUUAUAGUGUGGGCCAUUGGUGGGCUCUUCUCUGUCGUGGGUGCCCUUUGCUAUGCAGAACUGGGGACCACCAUCACCAAAUCAGGGGCUAGCUAUGCUUAUAUUCUAGAGGCCUUCGGGGGCUUCAUUGCCUUUAUCCGUCUGUGGGUCUCACUUCUAAUUGUUGAGCCCACCAGUCAGGCCAUCAUCGCCAUCACCUUUGCCAACUAUAUCAUCAAGCCCUCCUUCCCCACCUGUGAUCCUCCAUAUGUGGCCUGCCGUCUCCUCGCUGCUGCCUGCGUAUGUCUGCUGACAUUUGUGAACUGUGCCUACGUCAAGUGGGGCACACGAGUACAAGACACAUUCACGUAUGCCAAGGUCCUGGCACUCAUUGCCAUCAUUAUCAUGGGCCUUGUUAAACUGUGUCAGGGACACACUGAGCACUUUCAGGACGCCUUUAAAGGUUCCUCGUGGAAUGUGGGAGACCUCUCUCUUGCCCUGUACUCUGCCCUCUUCUCUUACUCAGGUUGGGACACCCUUAAUUUUGUAACAGAAGAAAUCAAAAACCCAGAAAGGAAUUUGCCCUUGGCCAUUGGGAUUUCUAUGCCAAUUGUGACACUCAUCUACAUCCUGACCAACGUGGCCUAUUACACAGUGCUGAACAUUCAGGAUGUCCAUAAGAGUGACGCUGUGGCUGUGACAUUUGCUGACCAGACAUUCGGCAUGUUCAGUUGGACCAUCCCCAUUGCUGUUGCUCUGUCCUGCUUCGGGGGCCUAAAUGCAUCCAUCUUUGCUUCAUCAAGGUUGUUUUUCGUGGGCUCUCGUGAGGGCCACCUCCCGAACCUUCUGUCCAUGAUCCAUAUUGAGCGCUUUACACCCGUGCCUGCGUUACUGUUCAAUUGCACCAUGACACUUAUCUACCUCGUGGUGAAGGACGUCUUCCUGCUCAUCAACUACUUCAGCUUCAGCUACUGGUUCUUCGUGGGCUUGUCUGUUGUUGGACAGCUCUACCUUCGCUGGAAAGAGCCUGACUGGCCUCGACCUCUCAAGCUGAGCCUCUUUUUUCCCAUCGUGUUCUGCGUCUGCUCCUUGUUUCUGGUGGCCGUACCCCUCUUCAGUGACACCAUCAAUUCCCUCAUUGGCAUUGGGAUUGCCCUCUCUGGGGUCCCUGUCUACUUCUUGGGUGUAUACCUGCCAGAGUCCCGGAGACCACUCUUUAUUAGGAAUGUGCUGGCUACUGUCACCAGAGUCACCCAGAAGCUUUGCUUUUGCGUCUUGACUGAGCUAGAUGUAACUGAAGAGAAAAAUGUUGAGAGGAAAACUGACUAGAAGCCAGAGAUGACAUUCCCUGAAGCCCAAAAGGCUGUGGUCGCAGCCACCAAAGACCAGUUCCCUAAACCUUCUGAAUUAAAGGAGCCUCUUGGCCCACAUUCUGUAAGGGGGCUCAGGGCCAAUGCUCUCUCAUUGGUAAGCUAUGGGAAGAUACCAAUUAGGCCAGCCUGAAGAUGGGGACUUCAGUGGGAGGGGAGGUUGGGCAGGGCAUUGAUUUAGUUUUACUUCUGAUGAGUAGAUGCAGCCCUGAAGGAAUAUUAGACUGACAGCUCUGGCUCUUGAUUCACAGCUCUUUGUAGUUUAAACCAGGAGUCUACAGUGGGGCUCCUUCAUGGGAAGUUUUCCUCUGACCCUCUGACCAAGUCCAGCUACUUGAUUUUUAGAGGUCUGAAAUGCUACCAUUUCUUCCUAUGGCUCAAAAUUCUUCCUUGAGGAGAGCGUUGUGUUCCCCUUUUUGUUUGUUGGGUGGCAUGAACAGCAAGGUGCUGUGUAACUGACAUGGGAUCAAUGUGUGCCUCCUUCCUGAAUUCCACAAGAGGAACAACACUCCCUCCCUCCCCGGAACUUCAGGCUCAAGCAGACAGUGAGCUUAAUGGGAAGCAGACUGUUGAGGAUCUAGGCAUGAAAGUCCUCUAACUCGUGGAUCCGAAUGUUGCUGUGUCUUUGGGAUCUUAUUGUGUAUAGAGUGUCCCUCUCCUUGAGGAGGGGCUGCCUGUCUGACUUUGCUUAGGUCACAUUAGCAGUAUGGUCAGGAUUCUCAGGCAAGGAGGUGAGCUUCUGGCUUUUCAAGGAAUUCGACUGGGCCACUUGAUUGUGCCCUUCCUAGCUGAAUCCAUGGUGCUGUGGAGCCCUUGAAACAAGGGCUGAGAGAAAAACCUCACUACUCCAGCUGAGUGGAGCGUCUCUACUACCUGGACAAGCCACAACUGUCACCAAAUUUCAACUCCUGUAUGUCAUUAUUUAUUGAUAUUUAAUCCAGGAUACCAGUUGUAACAAACCAUUAGUGAUCAUUUCUCUAUAGGAUGCAAUAAGUGAAUUGUGUUUUUAUCUUAGCUGGCCUGGUUGCACACAUCUGUAAUCUGAACUUGGUAUGGUGAGGCAUAAGGAGUUUGAAUUUGAGGCUAAUUUAGGCUACAUAAUUUCCAGGUAGCCACUCUGGAAAGAUCAGACAAGAUCUUGUCUCACAAUAUACCUGUUAUACUUUAAUAUACAGAUAAGUCACAUGUUAUUAUCAUCUGGCUCAGAUCCAGCAAGGACAGAUGAGCAACUUCAUGAGUCAUAAUACUGCUAUUUUGAAGGACAAUCCUUUGUUUUAUUAAGACUGUAGAUCUUUGUUCUACUUGACAUAAAAUAAAUCUUUGGAUUUUUGGUAUGAACUGCAAGAGGCCUGGAAUGUUCUACAUAAGGUGUUAUGCAAAAUUCAGGUAGAUAACCUGAUUUAUCAGUUGUCACUGGACUCCUGGAUUCAAGUCAAAUAGUUUGUUAUCUUUAAGAGCCUGUGCAAGAUUGGCUAUGUAUGGACUCACAAAAGCCCACUCUGCUGGAAGUGGUCACUAAUUUUCUGAAAGCACCAAGCUUUGUUUACAUGCUUGGGUCAUGGGACAGUAUACCCGCUUGCCUUCUCUUGUCCAAGGGCUGGGCAGGUGAGAUUGAAGUCUCAGAAAAUGCUUGGUACUUGUGCAUCUGUCUUCUCCCUAUGAAGAUCGAUGAAGACUGUGGGAGAAAACAGCUUCCACCCCAGCCUCGCUCCUGGUAAACGGUAGAAACUAAUUCUGGUGAUCGGACUAGGCUGCCAGUUAAAGCCAAAGCAAUAGGCGUGAAUCUCUGUGAGCAGUGUGUCUACACAAGAUUGUAGAACUCUUUUGAUGCCCUUAGACAUUGCCACCUUGGACACAGAAGAACCUGCUAUGCUGUCUUGGCAUCCUUCAAGGACAUUUCAAGUUUUAGAAUUUGUGAACAAUACAGAUAGUAACUAUGUGGCAGUCUCCCAGUACCAAACUGGCUCUAGACUCACAGGAGUAACCUUAGAUAUAUGCUUGCUCAAUAAAGACUUAGGGGAGUCUAAUCACA